AUGGCCAUUCUUCAUAUUCAUAGCAAAGGUUAUAUUCAUUGUGAUAUAAACCCCCAAAACAUUCUUGUCUUUCCUAAUGCUGUAAUUCAUGCUAAUGGAGUAAAUAAUAGAUUGAAGUUGGCGGAUUUCGGUUCAGCACAAAGGAAAGGAGAAAAAACUUGCCUAAAAAGCUGUAUGUAUCUUGGAGAGAGUCUCUGUUAUGUCUCCCCUGAGUUUAUAGAGAAGGGAAAUUUUCAACCAGUCAGCGAUAUUUGGUCCUUGGGCUGCAUUCUUUGUGAGAUGAUCAGUGGAACCAUGGUUUGGUCUGAAGCCGAAGCCAAAGGAAAAGAGGAUGGAUUAGAAUUGCAUAUUGUUUGCAAGCAUCCGAAAAUCCCAAAAGAUGUUUCUGCUAUUGCGAUGGAUUUCAUAAAGAAAUGCCUUGAAAAAAAGCAUGAAAGAAGAUGUACAGCAGAAGAUUUGAUUAAGCACCCCUUCGUACAAAAUUUUCUUGAUGCUUCGACUGACUGGAUUUCAAAGAGGGACAUGUUCACCGCACACAGUCGUGACACUCUUGGUAGCCAUUUCAUACCAUUCAAGCUUUUCCCCUAA